GUCAUGCAUUGAGGUCAGAGGUCAUUCGAAAAGUAUGGGAAUGAGGAGAGGUGUACACCGAGAGAAAACUUUGUAACUUGUGAGAAUUCAUGACUCUUCGAUCAGAUGGUAGUCAGGGAGAAUGAGUGUUUCACAUACGAAUGGAUUUACUUCGGCCAACGAGGCCCUGAAAGCCAGGAGGAAGGGUUCUGAACCACUCAUAUCCACAGCUAGGGGCAAGCUUCAGACCCGCAGGUCCAAGGUCAACGAUCAAAUAAACAGAGAACUACGAAUGCGAAAUGGAGCUGAAAAUUUAUUUAGAGCAACGGGCAACAAGAGAUUGAAGGAACUGGUUGCAGUAGAGCUCUCAUUCUUCAACUCCAACAUUCAGCUCUUAAAGGAAGAACUGUCAGAUCUGAAUAGUGAAGUUCUAGUAUAUCAGCAUGACAACUGCACACAUAGUGUUCCCAUGAUUCCCCUGGGUCUGAAGGAGACGACGGAGUGCGACUUAGCUGUACCCAUUAAGGACUUUAUUCUAGAGCAUUACAGCGAGGAUGGGUCACAGUAUGAAAAAGAAAUCCGAGAGUUAUGUGACCUUAGACAGGACAUGAGGACUCCCCAGAGAAAUGAAUCGGGGGUGGAUCUGCUGAUAGAGUACUUCAACCAGCUACACUUCAUAGAAAGGAGGUUCUUCCCCCCGGACCAAGUUCUCGGUGCUCACUUCCACUGGUACGACUCCCUGACUGGUGUACCUAACACACAGAAAACAAUGGGGUUUGAAAAAGGCAGUGUUUUGUUCAAUAUUGGUGCUUUAUACACUCAGAUCGGAUGUAAACAGGACAGGACCUCUCAUGCUGGAGUACAGGACGCCAUCAGCAACUUCCAGAAGGCGGCCGGGACUUUUCGCUACUUACAUAAUCACUUCACUAAUGCCCCCAGCAUGGACAUGCAGCCCCAUACCCUGACCAUGCUGAUUCAGCUCAUGAUGAGCCAGGCCCAGGAGUGUGUGUUUGAGUGUAAAGUGUUGAACAACAGCUGUGAGGGACUUGUGGGUAAUGUCAGGGCUGCUCAGGAGGCUGUGGUGGUGUCUCAGAUGUACGAGGACACUAAGUUACUGAUGACAGCCAAACCAGUCAAGGAAUACAUCCCGUAUUCCUGGGUCUCCAUGGCGAUGGUGAAAUCUGAGUACUAUAUGGCGCUGGCUCACACUCACAUGGCGAUGGCCAUCAUAGACUCCACAGAGAAGGAUGAGGACCAGUCUCUGUCAGAAUUCAUGGAAGCUUUACAGGACACCAAAGAAGUGGACCCAGAGAAUAACAGACUGAGCGUGCCUCAGACGAAGGAAGAGAAAAUCACUCUGGGGAAGGCUCAUCUAAAAGGUGCACUCAACUGCCACGAAGAGGCACUUAAAUUACAUGACCUUUGUAAACAACUGAGAAAAAUUGAUACCUUUCUGGAAAUUCUAAAAAAGGCUCAUGACAGGUGCUUGGAAAAGUUUUCUUCUUUAGAAGAAGAGGACAAUUUUACAGAGAUUAUUAUGUUUCCCAACAUAAAUCCCAAAACUUCACACAACGUCACUCCUAUCGCCCCUGAGUUCAGAAACAUCAGUGUGGUGGACGUCUUCAAGAGAUUGGGUCCUAUUACAAUAUUCAAUGCAAAAAAUGAAUGGUCUGCACCAAGAACGGUAACUCUGGACCGUAAUCCAGACCAAGGGUUUGGAUUCAGUGUCCGUGGAGAUGCCCCUGUCCGGGUCGCAGAAAUGGAACCAGGCAGUGUCGCCGAGGUCGGCAAGCUCAAGGUCGGGGACUUAGUAGUGGCUGUGGGAGACACCGACACAAAGUGGGCAAAACACGAGGAAGUAGUGACUCUGGUCAGACAAUGUGGUAAUCACUUAGUGCUCAAACUCGUCACCCCAAGUAUCUCCACCGAUCAGGACACUAGUCGCUCGGGCUCGUCCCCGGGAACCCCGAACACUCCCUUACGCAUGCAGAGUCCCCGGGAGAGCGUAUCAACUCAGAGCAAUAAAUCAAAUCGUAGUCGACUCAGUGCACCCUGGAUUUUCAUGAGGAAAGGUUCCAAAGAGAAGCAGGACAAGCCUGAAAAGAGCAAAGAGAUGGAGGACGGGGAGGCGUUCCUUCACUGAUCAACAUCCGUCCUUGAUUGGUCAGUUCAAGAAUUGUUUUUUCAGAGGCUCCGCCCAUCAAAACUGGCAGCAGCUAUCACUUUUCAUACAGAUGAGGAAAUUGUUCCUAGAAAUGUGAAGUUUUAAGCUGCUCAGACAAGUGAAAAAAAUCUUGCAUGUAUUUCAUUUCUUCAAAUUUGGAAGAAAUGUUGGUUGUACACACAAGAAGGAGGUGCAUUUUUUUGCUCAUCUUUAGCAUUGUUUUGAAUUGUGUUUGUUGAUUUGUUCUGAGUUUAGGUGUCAUCUUUAUUUUGGCAUCGGAAAUCACUUCAGAUAUCAUUGCACUUAAUCAGUUUAACAGGAAAUCAUAUCACAUUUAGUUAUUUGUUAUAUUUUUGUCCUUAUACAGUUUACAAACUGUGCUUGCAAGUGCUUCACUUUUUUAUAUGCUGUGCUUCCUCCAUGAGAGUCCAGUGAUACGAAAAUAGCCAAUUGAGCAGGGAUGAUCAAGAACUAUUUCUUUCUAUAUGUCAGAGGCAUUUUAUAUAUCAGCAUUGACUUGUAAUAAAACGGUGAGAUACUCUGCAUUUUUAUUUUUUACCAAGUUGUAACAUACAUGUAAUAAAAAAAACCUUUACAUGACCAUGAAGAGACUUGUUUAGGAGAUAAAGGGAAUGUAAAUAGGUGAAUAUUUAAAAAAGGAUUAAGUUUUGCUGUUGCCAUGGAAAUGUUGUAUGUGCCAGUAGUGAUUAUUUAUUUCUGAUGUUAAAGGGACUGGUUCACAUUUUUUGAAAGAAAUAUUUUUUUAAUUUUUUAUGUUAAAAAUUCAAAAUAUAACUCAUUUAAUGUUGACAACCAAAAUUUGGACCGUCUGAAUACAAGGAUAGGAGCAAUAUUUUAGCCUCAAAUAUGUGUAAUGUAAACAAAGACUCGAGUCUUUUUAUGUAAACAAACAAACCAGUGAAACAUUAAUUUUGUAAUUUAAAGCACUUUUAUUUUGUACAAUCACAAAGUUUAACUUUUAAAUGACACAUUUUACCUAAAGUAUACUUGAGAUGUGAUUUAUAUAAUAAACUUGGAUCAAUAUUUAUUUAUUUUGAAAACUUCAUAAACAAUAACACACCUCAAUCUUUGUUUUCAAAGCAAAUAAUAAACUCUCUAUAAUGAGCUUCUGUCAUGAUAAAUAACCUUAAUUUUUUGUGAAACCUUCUAAACAUAUUAGACUGUAGAUUUUCAUCAUUUAAAGUGAAAAACAAAAUUUGGAGGAAAAUCGUGAAUCAGUCCCUUUAAAGUUAGGUUUGUCAAAAUGACAGUCUGUUGUUAAGAGUUAGGUCUGCCAGAGUGACAGUCUGUUGUGCUUAUUUAUCAUAGUUAUAAGAAAGUAAUGACCUCAAAGAUGAAAUAUGUGCAUUAUUAUGUGAUAUUGUGCUCUUUGUUUUGUAGAUGAAUGUGCAUGUGGACAUUUAGAUAAUCAGUCACACAUGUGCAUGUAUAUUUUGAUAGUCUCUUUGUUCAUAUGCGUGUCAAAAUAAGUUGUAUAGCCAGAGUGAUUGAGCAGAGAGACCUGUUGAAAUCCAUUGCCUACACAGAAUAACUUUUAUACAAACUUGUAUUAACUGAAGUAUUAUAUAAUGAUAUUUAAAAUAAUUAUAUAUUUAUAUAAACUAUUUAUUUGUUGAAUGAUAGCUUGCAUAUUAAUCAUAGUGUAUGUGAGGUCUUGUAGGUUGUUUUUUUUUUUUUUUAGAUGAUUGAUGUUCAGUUUUGAACAAGACAAUCAAAAUUUUCUCUACAUGCAACCAACUUUUGUAUUGCAAAACAUUCUUUUUGUGAAACUUUAUAAAUUUCUUCCAGUAUUACAUAAAAGCACUGUGUAAUUUUGAUAUUCUUCCAUUCAAUUGUGCAGUAUAUGAUACCCACCUUUUCUUUUAAUGACAGAAAAUACAUUAUGUCAGUGUAGACAUUCAUACACACUCGCAGUCAUACAUGUUACAUUUUAAUGUCUGUCUCACAGGAAAUUUAACAAAGCAGAGAAACAUGAUAAAAAUUGUUUUUAGUAACAGUAAAAUAUUUUUAGCUCACCUGAGCCAAAGCUUAGUGAGCUUUUCUGACAAAGUUCUACCUGGCAUCUGGUUGUCUGUUCACAUGCAAAUUCAAGUGUAAGUGUGCUCUGUAAAGUCUUGGUAUAACACUUUAGGUCUCAACAAAAACCAUAACAGUCCAAAUUGUCAGAGGCAAAUAUCCUUAUUCAUGAAGAGGCAAAUUUGUUCACCAUGCUCAAUUAUUUCAUUUAAUUGUUUUGUAAGAAAAUUAUUGCAUCACAUUGUUGGAUAUAGUUUUACUGUAUAUAAGCACUAAAUUACUAUUACAUGAAUUAACACACCCCAACAUAGGACUACAAGACAAAUACUGUUAACACACCCCAACAUAGGACUACAAGACAAAUACUGUUAACACCCCAACAUAAGAUUAUAAGACAAAUAUUGUGCCAAAAAACAUCAUUUUGUGAUUUAGAUACUUUAUGUAGAAUCACUUGUUUAUAGACUGAAUUUUCUUGUACAUGUGUAUUGAAAUUUGUGAACUUGUGUAUACACAUAUAUAUAAAAGAUUUGUUACUUGCAAUAUGUACCACAUUUUGUAGAUAUUAUAUAUAUAGAAUGUGAUAUUCACUACAGGAUUUUUUUUUUCAUUGACAGAUCCUUCAUUUUUUUUUUUUACAAAACUGCAAUAUGUAAAAAAAAAAAAUCAAUUUGUCAGAGAAAAUUUCUAAAAUGGUCAAUAAUCAUUUCGUUUAUAUACAUGUCGUAUGUAAUAUGUAUAAUAUUCACUGGAAUAUGAUGAGCGCAUCUUGAAUAUUUCCAUGAUUGCAACACUAUGUAUGAAUGAAUCAUUCCUGUGUGUCCGUUAUCGUAAAUUACAUGAUAUCCUGUUCUGGUGCGAGUUUAUUUGUUGCCGAGUGAGAGCUUUUACAAUACUCAGUGUAUCGGAGAAAAUCAAACAAGAAUUUGUUCUUUCAGACAAGUAAUAAAAUAUUGUAAUUUUACAAGCCUUCUUA